AUGGAUCGGAGCAAUCUGAAGAAACGCUAUUACGAGUUGAAUUUCGAUAAACUGCGUGACGUUUGGCACGUUGGUAUGAUGCGUGCGCUGCUGAAGGCGAAAGCAAAAAGUUUAUGCGAAUUAGUACCAGAAAACGAAUGCAUAAUUUAUGGUUUAUGUGCGAAAGAUUCGAAAUCGGUCGCCGACUUAGCGAACUGUGUUGUAAUACUGCUUGAUGCAAAACAACGUGAGAAAAUUAGAAACGAAGAAAGCAAUGCAGUAUCCAAGAAAGGUAUCAUCUAUUAUACUUGA